AUGGCUGUCAUGCCACUGCAAUACGUCUUGGUCCUAUUCCUUCUGACAAAUUUCUGCCUACAGACGACGAAAUGCGAAGAUGUCACCGAACACUUUUGCGAAAAGCAAAAGUCGUACGAAGCCAACAGUUACCAGACAUACCUAGUUGAGGAACUUCAAGAUGACACAAUACGCUGCAGCGAGUACGAAGACCGGCUGAGUAAGGGGGAAAAGUUGGUCCAAGUCUCACGAGAUGACGCAUCGGGAAUGUGUGAAGUCAAGGUGCCUGUUAAGGUCAAACAUCAUCGUGUCGUAAAGAUACCCAGGACUAGAACCGUGACGGUCUGCUGCGACGGUUGGAGUGGGGAAAAGUGCACCAUCGCCGUCUGUGAGGAAGGCUGCCAGCACGGAGUGUGUGUCAAACCCAACCAGUGCGAUUGUAAUGAUGGCUACGAAGGAUUAGUGUGCGAUGUUGCAACAUGUGAACCUGAAUGCAUAUAUGGUAGUUGCAUUGCUCCUAACCAUUGCCAGUGCGACCCGGGCUACGAAGGUACAUACUGCGAAACAGGCACCGUGUCCAACGAUUUCCACAGAUGCUCGUUUUGCUGCGGAGGUGCCGUCACAACAUUUGAUGGAUACCAUUUUGAUUACCCAACUACAUCCCUCUACAGUCUUGCCACGUUUGGGUUUAGUGAUGGUGGAGAAAUAUUCAUCACCGUCCAAACAUCUUACCCAUGUAACGCCGGUGUAUGUCAUCCUCAAAAUACGGUGAUCGUCAAAUGCGAGGUUCAUUUGAUUGCAUACCACUUCGAGUUGCUUCCAAGCCAUUUGGUUAAGGUUGGAGACGAGUACAUAUCCGAACUCCCACAUAGCUUCAAAUGCGGAACUAUAUCUAGGGUUGGUGCUCAUACAAUAUUCAAAGGACGUAAUGAAGAAGUGAUCCGACUAGAUACCAACGGCAACCUGGACAUCACUCUACCAGCAUUUCACCAAGGGCAGACAAAUGGGCUGUGCGGAAACUUCGACCUCAAUCCAACAAAUGACAAUCUAGGGUUGUCACCAAGUGAUCUGCUGGACCUUUUUAAUCUUGAUCCUAAUUCGGUACCUGUGGAUGAGCGACACACCGACCCUUGUAACUUCAUCCCGGACCACGACAGAGACAGCAUCGAGAUGCGUUGUGAAGAACUUUCAGCGGGAGAGCGUUUCCAAGAUUGCUUCUCUGCUGUAUAUCCCGAGAACUAUUUCUACACGUGUCUUUUCUCUAUGUGCUACUGUGCAGCAGUGCAUGGUCUGAGAUCUUGUGCAACGUACUGCGAUGUGUUCACUAUAUAUUCAAGGGCUUGCAGUGAGAAAGGGGUAGUCCUAGAUUGGCGAACUGAUGAGAUGUGUCCGGUUGAAUGUGAGAACGGAAUGGAGUACACUGAAUGUGGAUCGCCAUGCCCCAGAACAUGUGCAAAUCUCGACUUCGAAGAUGAAUGUGAUCAGUACUGUGUAGAUGGUUGUCAAUGUCCCACAGAAAAUUUUUGGAACGGAUACGAAUGUGUUUCAAGGGAGGAAUGUCCAUGCCAAAGAGGAACUGAACUUAUGAGUGCUGGCUCAAUCAUAUCUACCAACUGUAAAAGCUGGUAG